AUGCCUAUUCCCUUGCUUGCACAGGGGUACCAGGAGGGUAUCUCCUCUAUUCCUUAUGCGUGGGCGACUCUAAAGGUCGUGCCAUGGGUACUUUUGGUUGGUGCUUUGAAGUAUUAUUUUGGGGGUGCCCGGAAUCAGUCGGAGCGGUUGCUGCAUUCGAAGGUUGUGAUGGUUACGGGCGGAACAUCAGGAAUUGGAGCCAGCGUUGUUCACGAACUUGCAUCCCGCGGUGCCCAGGUCAUCCUCCUUACGCAACACGCCCCAUCGGACAUCUUCCUAAUUGAAUAUAUCGAGGAUCUACGGAAAUCAACGAACAACCAGCUCAUCUAUGCCGAGCAGGUAGAUUUAGCCUCUUUGCACUCGAUCCGCACGUUCGCGACGAAAUGGAUCGAUAACGUCCCCCCACGCCGACUGGACAUGAUUGUCCUGUGCGCAAAUACGGCAGUGCCUUCUUCCAGUCGAAAGCUGACCGGGGAUGGACUGGACGAGGAGUGGCAGGUGAACUACCUUGCCAAUUUCCACCUCUUGAGUAUCCUCAGCCCGGCACUAAGGGCCCAGCCGGCUCAUCGUGAUGUGCGGGUCAUUUUCACGACAUGCUCGAGCUAUAUCGGUGCCAAACUCGACAUGAACCAGAUAGAAGCGACUUCUAUUCCUGGCGCUGGUGCUUCUAACCGGGGAACGAAGUCUGGCAAUAAUGGGAAGAAAACAAGGGCUCAAUCGAAAUCAAAGCCUAGUCUUUUCGGAGCAAGUAAACUUGCGUUGAUGGCAUUCGCUCAUUCCUUCCAGAAGCACUUAAAUGCUUAUGAACGCCCUGAUAAGAUGCCUCCGUGUACGCGUGUGAUUGUUGUUGACCCUGGCUUCAGCCGCACUCCGGGUACCCGUCGCUGGUUGACGGGCGGUUCCCUCUGGGGACUUCUUCUCUAUCUCAUUGCCUGGCCAUUUUGGUGGUUGGUCCUCAAGUCACCGCAACAAGGCGCCCAGAGUAUCCUGUAUGCCGCCAUGGAGGCCAAGUAUGGCCGUGGCACGGGUGGUUGGAUGAUCAAAGAAUGUCGGGAGGUUGACUUUGCUCGCACAGAUAUAAAGGAUGAAGAGGCCGGGAAGCUGCUUUGGCAAUUUAGCGAAAAGCAAAUUGAACUCAAGGAGAAAGAAAGCGCUGUAAAAAGGGCACUGGCCAACAAGGAGCAGCAGGAGAAGGAAAAUCAGACAAGCAAUAACUCAUCGAAUCCUAAGUCUGCAGUGAAGGAACAGACCCCUGGGUCUCGACGAAGCCGAAAGGCGAACAAAUAAACCACACGCCAAAAAUGAUUCGAACAAAAAAAAAUUGAUAGAGCUCCAAAAGCAAUUUUUACAUUUUCAUGCUUUCUAUAUCUAUGACUGUACUUGUGAUAUAUGUUUGUAAGAUCAUGAAGGAGCACAUAAUAGCCAAUUAUUCAGUUAAACAAAGAGAUAUGUGGCUCGACAAAAGAAACAAAGAAAAAGAAAUUCGUCUCAUCCAGUCUACUGGGCUUUUUGUGUCUAUCGAGGGGCGAUUUCGAUGAUCCCUCCACCUUCGCAUCAUAGAUCCAAGCAUCCU